UUGUUACACGAAGAAGAAGGGCAUCCGUCCACAGGCCAACCACAGAUACUUAACAGACAACAUAAACAUUGUCACAUAUUUAGGCAGAUCAGCUGUUUUAGCACCUUAGCUCUCGUUUUCUUUGGCACUUUCACUAGAGAUCUCCUUCACGAUGUGGUAAACUAUCUAAAUGUCUUGUGGUCGGCCAUGUUUAUUGGGAUGGCGGCUAUCCGAAGGCCUUGAAGUGGCACUGCUACUGGACGCCAAUGAUUCAGCUGGAGAAACCAGUGCUAGCUGGUACCAUGCCGGUGGUGUGGCCCACCAUCCUUGACCUGGGCAGGGAUGAGUGCAAAAGAAUUCUGCGGAAGCUGGAGCUGGAGGCGUACGCUGGGGUCAUCAGCGCUCUGAGAGCCCAAGGAGACCUGACAAAGGACAAAAAGGAUCUGCUGGGCGAGCUCACUAAAAUCCUCGGCAUCUCUACAGAGCGUCAUCGCGCAGAGGUCCGCAGGGCUGUCAACGAUGAGCGCCUCACCACCAUCGCUUAUCACAUGUCGGGUCCAAACAGCUCCUCUGAGUGGUCCAUUGAAGGGCGGAGGCUUGUUCCUUUGAUGCCGAGGCUGGUUCCCCAGACGGCCUUUACAGUCACAGCUAACGCUGUGGCCAGCGCCACGGCCAAUCAGAACGCCUCCCUCCUGCUGCCAGCUGAAACAGGGAACAAAGAGGUCGUGGUGUGCUACUCCUACACGAGCACCACCUGCACCUCCACCAGCACCACGGCGACCAGCGGCCCUAUAGGAGCAACAGUGAAAUCUCCACGGCCACCCAGCCCUUCAUCCAACGUGGUGGUGCUGCCCAGCGGCAGCACUGUGUAUGUGAAAAGUGUUAGUUGUUCCGAUGAGGACGAGAAGCCUCGCAAGCGAAGGCGCACGAACUCGUCCAGCUCGUCUCCGGUGAUGCUGAAAGAAGUUACCAAGGUGUCCCCGCCGGUAUCUAAGAACAUCACGGUGCCCGUGAGCGGCAGCCCCAAGAUGAGCAGCAUCAUGCAGAGCAUCGCCAACUCCUUACCGCCUCACCUGUCCCCCGUCAAGAUCACCUUCACCAAGCCCACCAUCCAGACGACCAGCACCACCACGCAGAAGGUGAUCAUCGUGACGACUUCCCCGAGUUCCAAUUUCGUGCCCAACAUCCUGUCCAAGUCCCACGCCCACAACAACGCCACCGCUGUGUCAAAGCUGGGGUCCACCUCUGUGCUGACCACACCCACACAAAAGCAGACGGUGGUUUUUCCAGCCAGCUGCAGCACUUCCACGAACCCCAACGCCAUCGCCGUGACCACAGUGGUCUCCUCCACACCAUCAGCGGUCAUGUCGACGGUCACACAGUGUGGAGUUUCAGCUGGAGUGAAGGUCUCUACAGCCAGACUUCCUUCACCUAAGACACUGGUGGCCUCACCCACUCAGAUCCUGGCCCAGUUCCCCAAACAACAGUCACCCAAACAGCUGCAGCAGAGCUCGCCUUUAGGAGCGUCCAACAUCGGUCAGACCCAGACCACCACCUCCUCACCGGGAGCCAAGCCCACCAUCCAGAUCAAACAAGAGUCCGGGGUGAAGAUCAUCACUCAGCAGGUGCAGCCCAGCAAAAUCCUGCCCAAGCCUUCGGCGGCUUUGUCCAGCAGCAGCUCUUCUCCCAUCAUGGUUGUCAGUAGCAACGGAGCCAUCAUGACCACAAAGCUGGUCACUCAGCCCACAGCUACCCAGACCACCUACACGAGACCCACUGUUAGUCCCAACAUCGGGGCCAGAAUAUCAGCCACCAGUGGCGGGACCACUUACGUCAAGACCACCAGCGGCAGCAUCAUCACCGUGGUGCCCAAGUCUCUGGCCACUCUGGGAGGAAAGAUCAUCAGCAGCAACAUCGUGUCCGGCACGACGACUAAGAUCACCACCAUCCCCAUGACCUCCAAGCCCAACGUCAUCGUGGUGCAGAAAACCACGGGCAAAGGAGCGACCAUCCAGGGACUGCCCGGCAAGAAUGUGGUCACCACGCUGUUAAAUGCUGGGGGGGAAAAGGGCCUUCAGGCAGUUCAGGGGACCAAACCUGCAAUCAUCACCGCCUCCAGACCCAUCACUAAAAUGAUCGUCACCCAGCCCAAAGGCAUGAGCUCCGGGUCCCAGGCCACCGCCACCAAAAUCAUCCCGACCAAGAUCGUUUACGGCCAGCAGGGCAAGACGCAGGUUCUCAUCAAACCGAAGCCGGUCUUCCAGACAGCGGUGGUGAGCGAGCAGACCCGGCAGCUGGUCACUGAGACGCUGCAGCAGGUGACUCGCUCCGCCGAACUGAGUCAGAGUCAGACCCCAGGCCAGGACGGGGCCGCAAAGGAUGAUGCCGGCAGCCUCGCGGAGGCCAGCAGCUUAGUCAGCGAGGCUUCUCAGGGCAGCGCUCAAGAAGUGCAGCCUGUAGUGCACGUGGUGUCCUCCAGAGAGCAGGAUUGGACUGAGCAGGAAGUAGCUGUGGAGUCCAGCCCCACCAUCAUCUACCAGGAGGUAUCUGGCGGGGAAUCCCAGUCGGCCACUUCCACCAUAAAAGCUCUUCUUGAACUUCAGCAGACAUCAGUGAAGGAAAAGGGAGAACCCAAACCCAGGCAGCACACCAUCGACCUUAGCCAGAUGGCUGUGCCCAUCCAGUUGGCCCAGGAGAAGAAGCCCAGCCCUGAAUCCCCCAAACCCUCUACCUCAGAGGCCGAACCCACCGCUGAAUACGUCGCAGGAGAAGCGCAGCCUGUAGUGCACGUGGUGUCCUCCAGAGAGCAGGAUUGGACUGAGCAGGAAGUAGCUGUGGAGUCCAGCCCCACCAUCAUCUACCAGGAGCACUCUGACAGUCAUGGUAAACCUGAGGCUGGAUUAGAGGCGGGUGAGUUGGAAGGAGACACUUUGGACCCCCAGACAGGCUUGUUCUACCGCUCCACCCAACCAGCUUCAGAACCCACCAAGCAACCCGCCCACUCUGCAAGCGCUCAGCCGCCGCCUUUGAGCCAGGCCGAGGCCGAGCAGAGCCGGCACCCUCCCACCUCCACCUCCACCUCCACGUCCACCCAGCAGACGCCACCGCCGCCGCAGCUGCAGAGCAAACCUCAGAUCAGCCAGCCUUCCUCUUCCUCCACCACCUUCCCUUCUACUCCUCUUCUGACUAAGAAAAUCCCCAAGCUACGAGAGCAGAGUCAGCCCAAACCCCAAACCUUAACCCAGAGCCCUAAAGACAGACCUGUGAGCGCACCGACCCCAGCCGGGGCCAAGGCCGCCACUCCGAGCACGCCAACCAAGCCCAUGUUGACGCCACAGCUCCCGAAGCUCCAGCAGGCCCCCACAUCCCACCACCGGCCCCUGCACACCUCAAUGUCCCACCCUCCUCCGCUGCAGGCACACCACCCCGUCAGCACCGACAAAACCGCCUCCAGCCAGCAGCCAAUCAUCACGCAGAGUGCCACCGUCACCAAGAUUACCUUUGGCAGUUCCCACCACUCGUCGCCCGUCUUCAGCAGCGGGGAGGCUUCUGCCAAACUGAUCCCGGAGUCCAGCUCCGGGCCUUCUGGAGACAAGCCCUCAGUGUCGGACAUCCUAAAGAUCUCCAUGAUGGAGGCGGAGAUCGAUCCAAGCACGGAGCCCAUGGUGGUGGAUUCCUCCAGCGAUUGCGGCCCUCUGGGGAAAGCUUUGGAGGUCCAGGCCGUGUCCGGCACGCUGGACUCGGGCCAGUUCAUCAGCAGCUCCGGGGCCGCCAUGCAUCACUCCCACUCGAAGCCGCAGCAGUUCAGCUGCCUGCAGGGCCUCGCGGCGCAGAGGAGCAAGGAAGACCUGGAAGUCAUCGAGGUGAUUCCUCAGUAUUCCAUCCUGCCAGACUCCAGCCAGUCUAACGUGGUAGUGGAGCCCAGCGGCUUCCUGGAGAUCACCAACUACACCAGCCAGCAGCUGGAGGAGGACAGCCCCAUGGAGCAGGAGGUGGACAGCAGCAACGACGAGGCCACCGCCGCCAGCCCCCCCGACCAGCCGUAGUCACUCCAUGCUAAGAGACCCUGACGGGUGCAGCGCACAUUUUCACUUUGGGAAAAGCAGACUGGCGAUUUGUUUGAGGCCUCGGACACAGUGGACUUUAGUUAGUGUUUCAUUUUGUGUAAAGUAUUAGUUUGUUAGGCUCUUUUCGUCCCCGCAGCUAACGGCACAUGUGGUUUUUAUCACCAGAUGUGGGAGCGAGGUGAAAGGAUUAGUUCUAGUCCGGCUUCAGAGAGCUGGAAAGCAGUUUCUCCCAGCAUACGAUGUUACAGUAUGGUGGACUUUCUACUUUCUAAGACAUUUAAAUAUCAUUUCAUAAACAUACAGCUGAGCAAGUACACUGCAUUUAAAGUCAACCCAAAGGACCUGCAACUUCUGAGGGCGUCAUAGAGAUGAGUAGCAGCAGAAAAGAUAUUGAAAAUGCCUUAAACACCAGACGUAAAAGCCCUUUUUAGACAUUAUGCGUGACAUCACUGCCCCCAGCCAUCUUUUUAAAUAAAACCUUUAUUGUUACGUUCCUCACGGCCUCUUUUGCACCUAUUACAACUUUAACACUAGUUCGAUGUCUCAUCAAGAACCGGUUUGACGUGUUUUCACCCCCAAGAAAUUCUAUCGAAGGUGAUUUUCCUUCUGCAGAAAUUCCCAAAAGCUUUGCUCAUAAUGUUGCAGACUCAACUGAACCUGCGCCGAUUCUCCAAAGACCGAGUGUGUCACACACAGGCUCAGAGGAACGAGCCUCCCAUGAAAACAAAUCACAACAUCUUUGUUUUAUUUAAACUUAGGAGCAUAGUUGGCGAUAUAAAAUCCAAAAAUCUGUCAUACCCCUAACAACAUGCAGUCAUAAUCUCACGUGGUGUUUUAUAGAAAAGUGCCCCGGGUGCUUUUUUUGUUUUGGAUAUGAAAUCGGAUGAUUGGAAAGGAUGUCUGAAAGGGGCUUUGAUAAUUCACACAAAAGAGGGAACUCGAUCAGGUCUGCAGACCCAAACAACCCCAGAAGUUUGGAAGCUUUCAGAAAUAAUUCUCGGAACUUAAUUCAGACCGGGGCUUCUCCGAGGAACGUCGUCCUGGAAAAAUCAGCUCACGCCGUUCCUGAGCGGCGACUCGUAAAUGGACAGCUUUUGGCGUCAGACGGAUUGUAUUUUUUCUCGACUCAUUUUGUAACUCUCCAACACUUUACAGGGUUUUCAGAGGAGGGAACAGAGCUGGUGCAGAUUGAUAUAUAUAUAUAUUAUUUUUUUCUUCUGUGAGGAACAUGACGCAGAACCACAAAAAGAGUCCUGGAGGACCAAUAACGUCCAACGUAAGAGUUGCUGCUCAGUGUAAUUUUGGAGUGCUUUAAAAAAAAAAAGGAAAAGAAGCAAAUUGAGCGAUGUACUUUUUUUGUAAGAUGUAUUCCAGAGUCCAAAAAGUUGCAGUGAGGAUUUCAAUAAGUACUAUUUCUUUUCUACCUUUUCAAACUGUCUGACUAGAUGAAAAAAAUUUUAAUCUGCACAAUAAAUCAGCUGAGUACA